AUGGGAUGGUGAUAAAAAUGAAAGCCAUUCAGGAAAUAAAGCAUUAAUCUGAGAGAGUAAUUAUUAGGAAACCAAUGGCUCCCUUCAGAGGCUGGAACAGUCAGAGGAAUGGAUACACCCACACUUUUCAUCAUGGCAAAACCGUGUUUGUAGUCACACCUAUAACAGGUCUCCUGACUUCACCUCAAAUAGAAGAGUCCUGUCUGUAGUUAAGGGGGUAUAAAUGGUGAAACAAGUAUUAUGACAUUGUUGCACAAACUCCAUACCUUUUACACACCUGCUGUGAUAUUGUACACUUAUAAGGGCUGAGCUUGCCUUGUGAUGGUGACACACAUAUUUAGCUAUUUUGACAAAGCAUUAUUAGACUCUUUGUUUAAUUUUGUGAUUCAGUAUGGAAGUCUUGAGGUAUACCACUAUAACGAAUAAUUUUUUAAUUAGAAAACUCUCAUUGGUAUCUAGCCAGAAGAAACCUCCUUGGAUGAAAUGAACCCUGCUCCUUAAAUGCCCCAAUGCAAAAGACACCCCCAGUUUAAAGACACCGAGGAAGGUAAAUCAUGUGGUUAAAGCCAUUUUCUCAGUAACUUUUUUUUAGUAAAAAGGAAGUUGUCCUGUGGUAAUUUUGCUUUAUUGCUGUUCUUGAGACACAGAGGACUUUCAUGAAUUAUAUCAUUUCCAAAAACGAUUAGUAGUUAGUGCGUGCGCAUGCAACACUGUAGCCUGUUACAAAAUCUGCCCCCCACCAAAAGACUCCGUGCAGCAAAAUUAGGAAGUACUGUCUUGUGCAGCAGACAAUUAACUCUGCCUCAGUUGACAGCUGAAUUCUUCCCUCCUUGUGCAAACAAUGUAGAAUUAUUUCAUCCCUCGCUUUCAAUGGCAAACUUAUUCUCAUUGGCUUGACAUUCCGCAGUAUUCCUCAUCCGCUUUCAGUCGGAGUGUAACCCACACCAGCUCUCCCUUCGUCCCGCCCUUUCGCUUGCGCUCGCUCGGAACUGUUUGCUGCGCUGAAGUCAAACUGAUCUGCCACUCAAGCUCUUCUCCCCCACACCCCUCUCUUAACCAAAGAGGAGACACAGACCGCGGCCGUGUUUGUGUGUCACUCUUCAAUUCGAUUAGCUACAUUCCCUGUCCAUCAAACAAGAAGCGCUCUCGAUUGGUGGAAAUCCGCAGGCAGGUCCCGCCCUUCUUCGCCCUGUGGUGGCCUCCAGCCAGCUCUGGCGAUUUACUUUGAGCAGUAGGGUCCACGGAAUUCAGCUGGGCGCGCGCCCGUCCUUUCUUUGCUCUGUGCUGCGAACUAGGUGGGGGGACAGAGGCAGGGGGGAAGGGCCCUCGGCUGCUGCGGCCCAGAUUUGUGUAACUGGUUCUUCUGGAAAGCGACCAGUUGCUCCCUUCCGUGUCUCAUUACCCUGCCUGGGGUAUUUACCGCGGAGCAUUAGACCGUUUACCCCGGUGCGUCGCGCUUCCACUGUCCUCCUGGAAGGCCUGGGAAUAUGAGCUGUCCCUUGGAGUGCGGGACGCGCCGCCCCUCUUCCUCCUCUUCGAGGCAGUAUUUAUCCAGAGGAAAGAAACAGACAUCGACCACUUAAGAUGUGAAAGGUGCUCUUCUAAAGGAUUGUUUUUACAAAAUGGAUCGGAGUAAGCGAAAUUCAAUAGCAGGAUUCCCACCACGUUUAGAGCGCAUUGAAGAUUUUGAUGGAGGUGGCGGAAGUGAUGGGACCAUGUCCCAGAUGGGCAGAGUUUGGACUUCUUCAUAUAAAGCCUUGAUAAGUGCCUUUUCAAGACUUACAAGACUUGAUGACUUCUCCUGUGAGAAAAUAGGAUCUGGUUUCUUCUCUGAGGUAUUCAAGGUACGGCACAAAGUAUCGGAUCAAAUCAUGGCCCUGAAGAUGAAUACACUAAGCAGCAAUCGUGCAAACAUGUUGAAAGAAGUUCAGCUCAUGAAUAGGCUUUCACAUCCAAACAUAUUAAAGUUUAUGGGUGUCUGUGUACAUCAAGGACAAUUGCAUGCCCUUACUGAGCUUUGUGUCUUUACCGUACAUCACUGUGGUAACCUGGAACAGUUGUUAGAUAGUAAUCAGCACUUGUCUUGGACAGUGGCGAGUAAGCUGGCAUUGGAUAUUGCUCUCGGGACUCAGUUAUCUUCAUUAUAAAGGAAUUUCCACAGAGAUUUGACUUCUAAGAACUGUUUAAUAAAAAAUGAUGAGAAUGGAUAUUCUGCUAUAGUAGGAUUUGGCUUGGCAGAGAAAAUUCCUGAUUAUAGAAGUGCCAGUGUUAGGUUUCCUUACUGGAUGGCGCCUGAAGUGCUGCGAGAUGAGCCAUAUAAUGAAAAGGCAGAUGUGUUCUCAUAUGGGAUCAUCCUUUGUGAGAUUAUUGCAAGGAUCCAGGCAGACCCAGACUAUCUUCCACGAACAGAGAAUUUCGGACUGGAUUAUGAUGCCUUUCAGCACAUGGUGGGAGAUUGUUCUCACUUUCUCCAGUUAGCCUUCAACUGCUGCAAUAUGGACCCAAAGUUACGUCCUUCAUUUACUGAUAUUGUCAAAACACUGGAAGAAAUUCUGAAUUUGAAAAGAGAAGAAGAUGAAAGAGAACGGAAACUGGAUGCUGCAGAUCGAAAACCAUCUCUGUUUGCCAAAGGUAGGAUCAAGCAAUAUGAGGGACAAGGUAUCAAAAGGCUGAGCUCACUGGAUGACAAGAUCCCACCUAAAUCACCCCGACCACGGCGCAACAUCUGGCUAUCACGCAGUCAGUCAGACAUCUUCUCUCGGAAACCUUCCUGCAAGAUAAAUGUUCAGGAUCCAUAUUAUACACCAAGCAAAGGAGCAAGUCGGAAAGUCAACCCUUUCAAUUCUAGGGAAGACUUGAAAGGGGGGAAAAUAAAAUUUUUUGACUUGCCUAGCAAAUCCGUGAUAUCGCUUGUAUUCGAUCUGCACUCUCCAGAAGCAAGAGGAUGUCAAAAGAUGAGCCAGCCGCUUUUCAAGCACAGCUAUGCCUAUGAUUGGCAAGACUCUUCUUUCCUUCCUGGGAGGAGAAGCAGAUCACUUCCAGUUUCUCCUGAAUUUGUUCAUAAAGAUUAUAAUACAUUUGGAGAUCUCUUUUCAACGGUCAGUAGCUGUGAUCCCACCCAGCUAGGGGCUGAAGUGCGCCAGAGGCUGCUGUGCAGUAGUAAGUAUGGUGUAUCUGAGAUCCCUCCUUUUCAGGUUAAACAACGUAGGCAGGACUUGCAUCCUCCACUUCUGCAAGAGGAGGAAAUGGAUUGUUCUGGACUGGAGCCUCUGAACAAAAAUGGGUAUCCUGUAAAAUGUUCAGCUGAAGAGGCAGAACUUGGAAAGUCUGAGGGACAAGUGCUGCAAGAACACUCUGGCCAAAUGGCUAAUGUCUUAGUACACAAUUUAGACUGCCCAGAAAAUCAAUUCCCAGAAAUGUUCAUGAUCUAUACCACCUCUGAAGAAAUGGAGGUGGAAGAUGAAACUCAAAGGAAUAUGCCUUCCACUAAAUUGGAUUCUUCUAAACGGUUGCUCAGUAUUAAUCUUUCCUCACAGCAAGGCAGAGACUCCACUUUCCUUGAAGUGGUGGAUAGCGACACUUCAAAUGUUUCUCUGCUGCCUUCAGACACACCAGCAUCAAUAAGUGGACAGCCGAAAUGUGACAUUUAAAAGCCAACCAUUGGAUGAUUAUGGUGAUGAUGAUACACUCCUAUUAACUACUCUGGUUUUAACUUCCUGUGUCAAAUGUCUCUAAAGCAGUGUAGCAAUGUAACCAAUUCAUUUGAAAAUUCUAAAAUGUAUUAUGAGAGAUUGUAUGCAUGCAAGGAUGUAUGAAAGGAGUUCUCGGCAUAUCUCAGGAAGAAGCUAAUAUAGGAAUAAGGUUUACUGUUGAAUGCCUGAUUUAUGCAGAAUCACAGUUAUAGAGAUAGUGGGAUUAUUGGCAUCCUCUGCGUUUCUAUUUGUGUUAUUCAUACUGUUUAGGUUCUGUUAAAUGUUUUUAAGAACUUAGUAUCUCCCCGAACCUUCAAAAUCUUUGUCUCAUUAGCAGUAAAAUGCCAACAGCAAUAAAUAUUUAUAUGGAAUAUAUUAAAAUAACAAGUACACUGGGGGGGGUGCAGAUUGUCGUGAACCAGUCUUAAUUAUCCUGGCCAACCUUCAAAAGUAUGAAUUUUAAAUCCCAGUAUUUUGAACAAUGUUGGAAAAUUCUGGGAAUUGAAGUUUAUACUUUUGGAGGUUGCUUAAACUUAAGACAGUUGAUUUAGACCUUACUGGACUACAACCACAACUAUUCUGGCCAUUAACAAGGGCUAAUGAGUUGAAGUCCGUUAUUACCACAGGUUACCCAAAGACUUGUACAAGAUUUUCUGUCAUGGGAGUUUCAGUUUCAAAAAAACAGCUACUUUGGAAGAAGCUCAAUGUAUCAAACCAUUUCUACAAUAUUCAAAAAAAUCUUGGUCUAUGAUUGGGAGAAAUCGUUUUUGGAUUGGGUUCAUUUCCAGAAUAUCCUAUUUUGGAUCAAAAUGUUCCAAAAUAGAAGUGUUUUGCAUGUACUUCCUCACUCUUGCUUUAAUUGAACAGGAAGAAUAUGGCUCCGAAUUCUCUAAACAUUAUUAAAUAAGAUGAGAUUUGGCUACAAUAACUUCCUUACCUUUUCCAGUCCAAACAGUGGAGGCAUUGAGCAUAUUCCUACUUCAGGCAUUCCUUAUUAGUUGCUUGUCCAGUUUUAUUUUCUGGAAAGGAAAUUUUCCAUCAGCUGUUUUACUGAAGGAACAACAGAGUUCCAUUUCUGAAUAAAUUGUUCAUAAAACAAAAUGAAAUGAAUAUUUUCAUGUCUUCAGUAACCUCAUUCCCUUUAUUAUAGAAGCAUGAAAUGUAUCACCAUCAAAUGUUUGGCAUGGAAGAACUCUCUUCAACAUAUUUUUAAAUCCAGUUUUGCAUGCAUGUCUUCAUUAGUGUACGUGCUUCAUUCACACAGAAACGUGGUCUGUGUGCAAUUUAUAUAAAUUAUGUAGAUAGGUUGCUUGACAUUUCUCAAAUGGAAAGUGAAUUUUAAAGUGAAGCUAUAGAAAUAGCAUCUCUAUAUUAAGUCUCUUUGCACAUCCAGACCAGCAUAACAUGCUCAGAAUUUAAAAGGAAUUAAUACAGAUUAGAUAUAAAGGAUUAAAAUCCCAAAUCUUGCCUCUAGUUAGAAUACAUUUGAAAUUAGUUCUGGUGAACAUAGAUUUCCUCAUAUUCAUUUCUCAUAACUAAGAUCUAGAAAGGGCAAAUCGUCACAAAUAUAAAGCAUAAAAGCAGAGUCACAAAUAUUAGCAGACUGGGUUUGCAAGCUAAUGUUUAUUUAUAGACAUUCAUGAUAGCCUCAAGUUUCUUCAGCAGCUGGAGAACAAAAUUGUCUUCUCAAUUAUUCAUUUGAAAAUUUCUAAAGUAGCACCAUAUUCCAGUUUAGUUAUUUCCUCUUUCAGGAUUAGUGAUAAAGAAUCCCAGUAAUUAUUAUCAGGCUGCUUAUUUAAACAGUUAAAAAAUAUAACCACUUAAACAGGUUUUGAAUUUGGUAGCAUUUUCUUCCACCCCAUCCAAAGCAAAUAAUUCAUGAAUGUAACUUAUCUCAGCUCUGGAAAGCACAAAGCAUGCCAUUGUAUCUCAGAGGCCAUUUUACUCCAGAAAGUAUUCAAUUUCUUUGCCUGCAUUAAUUUAUAACUUCCUCUGCAAAUUGUAGCCUUUCAGUCUCUCACUUUUACUGCUGUGAAAGCUAGAUGGACAAAUUACUUCUGUUUUGGUCACUCCCCCUCCCUCCCCCUUGUGUAUUUCCUGGUUUUUUACAGACUCUAAAAAGUGGUAUUUACUCUUGCAAGUGGGAUGGUGGAUUCCUAUGCGGUUGCUCUGCCUUCUUAAUAGAGUGUUAAUGAUAACCUAGUCCUUGAUGCAAAAAGCAAGUCUUUCUAAACUGCAAUUUGAUAAAAGUUGGCUUCAUCGGAGCUUGAGAAACAAUAACUACAGCUAUUGGAUGGUUAAACAUAAAGGUAACCUGUCCUUUUCUAUAAUAUGUAAACACUGUUAUUAUCACAUUCCUAUGGAAGGCCAGCAUUGCAGAGCGCUAUGGGCCAUCAUCUAUAUUCUAUACAGAAUGUGGCCAAAUGAUGCAUAAUUUAUACAAACACAAUGAUACUAGAUCAGUUUUGCUUUUCAGCAUAUUUGAUUUGCUAACAAAGAUGCCUAUUGCUUUUGAUAAGCCACCUGAAACACUUCUAAGAUCCUCAGUUUAUUUUUAAUUAAUUUUGUCUAAAUUACAUUUAUAAGCAUAUUAGAGGAUAUUCAUGUGGCCAAAUGAGAAAGACUGUGAAUACAUGUAUGUAACAAAUUGAUAUUCUGACUAGAAAAAAAGUGUACGAUGGAUUCUUGGUUGCUGCAUCUUGUCCAAGAACACUGGUAUUUCUUGCCAGUUUAACUAGACACUUGAAUAAUUCCUCUUUGCACUUAAUGCUGUUGUUUAUACUGCAUGUCACUACAGUUCUAUGCAAAAAUACCUUUGAGGUAGCCAAAUAUUUGAUUUAAGGUUUAUAGAUCUUUAUAAGAUCUAUUUUCAUAUUUAUGAAGGAAUUUUAUGUCUUAAUAUUUGCUGUCUGUAAAUAGCUAAAUUUUGUCAUUAAAGCUAGGAAAAAAUUGAUAGCAUGUGUAUAUAAUUUAACACUGCCAGGAAAAGGAUUUUUGAAAAAGCAUUUUUCUAAUACUUCAGAUAUUUAUGAAUGUUUAAGAAAACAAAUCUUGAUUUGUAUGUGUUGAUUCAUGUCUGAUUUCCCUCCACCCUAGAAUUGCAUAAACGUAUGUUUCACUGGACUGAAAAAAGGAACCAAAGAUAAAUGUAGUUUAAAAUAUCUGCAAGUUUUCUUUGUCAGUUUUUGUAAACCAUUCCCCAGUUCACUGUCAGAAGAAAAUGAGAUAUGUGUAGAGAAAACAAAAUUGAUGACGCAAAGGAGCAAUAUAAAUGGGAAACAUUCAUUCUGACUUAAUAUUCACACAUUCCAGUAUUUUGUAAAAGUGAUAUCGUUUUUUUCUGUUAAAGUAGAUUCCAGAAGAGCUUGUCUCUCUCCAGAAAUAAUUCCUUAUUGUGUUUCCCUUGUUUCAGAUUUCCAUUUUGUAUUCACCCAGCAAUUAAUGAUGGUGGUAGAUUAUCUGAACAUUUGUUUCCAGACAAGACACAUCAUAUUUCAUAGUGUGUAAGCUGCAGUUACCUUAUAUUAAAAAACUAGUAACUGAAGCCAAUGUCAUGUUGGUAAGUUAAAUGCUUUCAUAUAAACAAGUAACAAAACAGUGGACAAUUGUCCUGUUGAGGUAUUGCAUUGUGAAUUCCUUUACAAUACAGAUCAAUGCUCUAUUAAUUUGCUUAUUUCUACUUUCCACGUUAUCUAUCCAUCUUGAAGUUUUCAAAUUACCGUAAUUGCAUUUGCCAAGGACAGAAUUACCAGUCAACUUCACUAAAUGAUUCAGGUUCUAUUUUGAGCAAAAAUUUCUCCCUACUCUUUAAGUUAUUUGUCAUACUUAACUGCCAAGCUCCUUCACAGAGGGACUCUGGCAGUGUACAAUAAAUCUACUCACUACUUUUAACCUACCAACCCCAUUUCUAUACCUCCUUAAAGGAAAAAAAAGUGAAAGAUCUAAAUGCUUUCAUUUCCUUAUACCAAAAACAGUUGUUGAUUGUUUGUGUUGCGUUUUCUUAUCUUUCGAUUUCACAUUAACAGUUAUCCUUCAAAUAUGAAAUAUGUUUGCAAUACAGAUGAAUACAAAA